UUGCUUUUUUCUUACAAUACUGAAAGCAUCCCAGACCGCGAUAUGAAGCUUCUCUCAGUUCAAGCACAGAUUUCUAUAAAUAUCUAUUUCUUUCCCGUUCUUCUGCCUGAAAGUGUGUCACAGCGAAAAGAUCUUUGGUGGAUACAAAAAGUUUGACUGCAAAGCACUGUAUCAAUCAUGAAAAAAUAGGAAUAUAAAAAUAAAAAAAUAAUAAAUAGAACCAAAAGGGAAACACAGAAAAAGAAGACGAGUGAUAAACAGCUGAUAGAGGAUAACUCUAAAUAAGGAAUAGAAUGUUAGACUUCAUUCCUUCGUCAUGUAUUCCCUACUUAGUAUUACUUCUGAAUUCCAUUGUUAUACAUAUUUUUCGAAAAAUAAUUCUGAGGUUUUCUCCUUUAAUCAUACAACUAUUAUUGGCAGAAAUAGUUACCACCCUAGAGCUCUGUGCUGGCUGUGCUGAAUUAGGGGUAAUAUAUGAAAUCCAUGGGUACUUAGGACUCGGUUUUGCAUUGCUCGCAGUCUGCCUUUGGUGGUGCGCCAUUUGGGGGAAUGCGGAAGCCUGCCCGAAUGGACCAUUGGAAGAGUGCAUAUUUGGAAAUGGUAUGAAUUUAGAUAUUGUCAAACAGCUUACAGGACAAGUGAUUGGUGGAGCUUUAACUACACUAUGGAUUAAUUAUAUCUGGUCUUUUCAUAUGACAGUUGAACAUGAGGCUUUGCACACAGCAGCUGAAUGUCAGGCCGGACUGCAGGUACCAAUGCUCUAUGGUGCGAUAAUAGAAGGACUAAUUACAUUAAUUAGCAGGACAGUAGCUCUUGAGUCCUCAUAUUGGAUCACAGAACUGACAAUAGGAGCAAAUGCCGUUGUCACAACUAUCCUUGUUUUAGCAGCAACCAGCACAACUGGUGGAUUUUUCAAUCCUGUAUUGGCGACUGCACUUACUUUAGGAUGUAAAGGCAACACUCUGACGGAACAUAUUGUGGUAUAUUGGAUUGGAUCGUUGUUAGGAGGUUUCAUUGGAAGGUUUUUAUAUGAAAAUCGACAUUGGGAUGAAAAAGUUAAAAUGUCCUAACUUUACUAGCCGUAAUCAACUCAUCAAGGAAUUUAGAAAAAAAUGUUAUACGGAGAUACAAAGAUAGAAAUUGUGUUAAAAUUUCUGCAAAACAAGUGCCAAAGAGUUUUUUAAAUCUUAUGCAUAUAUUCACUCCUUAUAUUAUAUUAAAAUUAAUAUUUUUGUCCUAAAUUUUAUUCAAUAUGCUGCAAAUUUCUAUUCAUCUUGGAAAUUCACAGAAUAAAUAUUUUAAGAAAUAUAAGUUAAA